AUGGAUGUAAAUUCAUGUGUAAAGGACGAACGGAAUCAUUUUAUGUGCGAAUCUGAAACGUAGUGGCAACGCGCUACAUUGUAUAUAAGUUUAACGAAAAAGAAAUAAAUAAUAAAAUGAUAAAAAGCAGUGAUUUAUUACUAAAUGUUCGACUGUGUUUUUACGGUGUUGUUACAUUGCAUCUUGUAUUUGCUUGUAUUGUGAUCUUACCAAUUGACAUGUCAAAUGAUGAGGACCCUAGAGUCAAUAUCUACUCACGUGUGAGAUGGAAAUUAAUCACUUGCUGGUUUAAUUUGAUGAUACUGGCUUACUCCCUAAUUUCAAUUUAUUGCGAUUGGAAGGAGAAGCUGGGUGAAAGGGAAACGAAACGCCUGAUACCUUUGAAGAAAUUCAGAGACUAUUUUAUGACAAGUAUUAUAUUUCCAACUACAAUGUAUGCCGAUUUUUCAUUCUGGACAUUGUGGAUGAAGGACCCAGAAUUAAUAGCUCCCAUGGCCGUGUUCAAGUAUUUGCCAUAUUGGGCUCAGCACUCGUUGCACACCGUGUCAGGGGUCGUGGUUCUAUUGGAUAUUCUUCUGCUCCCUCGGAGACGACCGACUAACAUACUACCUGGCAUAGCCUUGAUGCUGGCUUUCUGCUUUUUAUAUGGUUGCGUACUUGCAGUCAGCCAUCUUAAUGGUGAACCAGUAUAUAGCUUGUUCGAAUUUUUCGGCUGGCUUGAGGUGGUAAUAUUCGUGGUUGUCACGUUAAGUAUAUAUGCGUUCUUUCAUUUUCUUCAGUGGUUUAUUAUUGAAUUAAUUUGGGGUAAAACUAAUGAAGAGAAUAAUAAAAAUACUAUACACAAAAGUAAAUGAUAAUGGAGAAUAAAGUGAUUUUAUAUUUUUAGUUUGUAUAAAUCUUUACUAAUAUAACGGUGGAUAGUUUGUUUUGAUGGAACACGCAAAUAUUAAUAUUAACGUAAUGUGAUUUUUUUAUACCAGAAAGAUAUCUAUACCAGAUAUACUGGUAUUUAGGUAAUGGAGAUGAAUUGAUACUCAUAGUGUGUAAUGAAUUGGCGUGUAUAAUCAAAACUUAGUUCGGGUGAAACGGCGGUCACGGGUAGAAUUUUAUUAAAGGUUCUAUAAAUUAGUAGUAUAAUUUUUAAGUUUUGAAGUUUUGGGUUGUUAUAAUGUGAGCUUUUGUUGGGCCAAAAUCUGAUAUUUAUUUUUAUUUUAUUGCGACGCCUUUAUCGUAAGGUCGUCUAAAUAAUAAAGUUAUAUUGUUAUGUUAACUGUAGUACACUUUAUCAGAUAUUACUUAACACAAUGGAGUAAUACAGUAAAUACAUAUACGCAGUCUUUUCUGCUACCGUUUUCAGCCAAUUAUUGCUGAAUGGCUUUGAAAAGAGACAAAAAAAAACAUUUUAUAUUAAAAUAUAAUAAUAAUCUACACAUUACAUAGUUAAUAAUAAUUCACUCACCCGUUACGAUAUUUCUAGAACGAGGAUACUUUAUAUUUAGCAAUCGUGUUAUUCAAUAGAGAUAAGCUAAGAAUUUAGAAAUAAAAAAAUAUCUCCUAGAUACAGUUCGCACGAUAAAGUUUUCACCAAACCAGUUUUUUAUAACCGUCGUGUAAUUGUAAAUCGGUUCAUGUUACGUUACGAAUAAAAAGGUCUGAUAAUAGUGGAGGAUAAUUUAAAAUUGACAUUGAAAAAUAUACAAUAUAAGUACAUGCUAAAUGAAUAUUUAACCUGUCGUAUAAAUGAGGCAAGCUGCUAUAGGAGCCUAUACCACACGUGAUUCAGGAGACUGAGAUUCCAGUGUUGAUUCUGUCGAAACAAUAUUUAGUAAACAUUAUAGAACACACACUUACUUAUGGCGACAAUUAUUACAUUGUGUUCGUACAACAUUACGAGUAUAUUACAAUCAAAGACCACAGCUCCUUCAUUCCUAUGAUGGUUUCUUCCUUUCACUAAUAAUAAAGGCAAUGCAUCUUAAUAUCUAAUUAUUAUUUAUAAUUUUCAAUACAAAUCAGAUUAACUGAAUAAGAAAGUGUUGUUGUGUUACCGAUCACCUUCGUCUUAAUCCGACGUCAGAAUCAAUCCGAUCUCUAGACCACAAAUCAAAAUUAGGAUGUUGAAGGAGAUCGAUUUUUCAUUGUAUUAAUUAAAUAUAAUAAAUGGAAUUAACAAAAGAAGAAAAUUAAAUAUUACCUCUCUGGAACUCGUAGUGCUCUUACGGGUGUGAAUUUCUUUGUAUUUUCUGAAAGCCUCAGAUCAUAAUUGACAUUAAAAAAUUUCUAAAUUAGCAUGAUAACUUAAUAAGUAAUGGUUCAAUAGAAAAAAAAACUUUUGUUUAUUGUAAUAGAUUAUGACUAUAUGGAAUGGUGACAAGAAUCUUUGCGCUGUUUCGCAAUUCCGUUUCUCUGGACAAAAAGUAAGCCAGCCUUCCUAUUUACUUUAUUUGUGAAAUUUAAUUUGUUUGUAUAUAGUAUAUAUUUUAAUUUAAAGUCCAUUCCAUUCGGUGCUUAGUCUGUAACAAGAUAUUAAAACAUAAACAUAUAUAAAACAUAACAGUAUAUGUUCUGUAAUGUUAUUUAAUCUUUUUUAUUUACGAUUUAAUAUUUAUAUUUAUGUAUAAUUGUAUAUGAUUAUUACCUUAUUUAUUAGACUAUGUGGUUCUACAUAACAAUAUAUAUAUAUAUAUAUAUAUAUAUAUAUAUAGGUUUAGGGUAAGAAUAUGUGUUACAGUGAUAAUAGUAAUAAAUUAUGCAAAAUAAAAAAAAUAAAAAUGUU